AACUGGAAACCUUAGAUUAUAAAUUAUCAAGAUUGGAUCCAUUAUCCAUUAUCGAGUGUACACUCCUCAACAGCACGUGGCGACUCAUCGAAGUAAGUUUUACAAGUUUACGUACAAACCUACAAAUUUAUUUGGAUAACUUUUCUCUUUUAUUUCAAGCACAGCGAUAUACCAUUAAUUAAAAUAAAAAUUACAAGAAUAUGUAAGCGCAACCUCGAACGACACGUUGUACGAUUAAAACAUGAGGAUUCCACCCUAGAUUGUAAGUUGAUUUGAGGUCGAUGGUAAAAUAUGAUUUUGGUAUACAUACGAGUUAUCAGCGCCAUUGCGAGCUACAGUUCAUUAUUUACAUGAGCGUGUUACGACUAAGAUGCGAAUAACUAACAAUCGCGAGAAAAGAUGGUUUUUUAAGGAAGUUCGAUCGUGAUUUUGUUAAAAGACUUUAAGCAGUUAUUCGGUAGAGUAUUGUUAAAACGAUGUAAGCUCAAAGAUGCGCAAAGACAAACCCGUAAGAUUGUCACCUGUCCGUUGUCAUUUCUGAUAAUCGCUAUGGGAUGUGCCAACUCAUCUACUAUCAGUUAGAAGUUAUCAGUUCUCAUAUGGCAGUAUGUGUCCUCCGGGAAACUGUUCGUAACUUACGAUGAUAUAAAUUUUCACGAUAACGUUGCGGAAAAGGGAAUUUCGAUACGCGAUGGCGAGCACAGCUGUCGGAGCUAACCCGGAGAAUACCUCCAAAUUUUUGGAAUCGCUGCAGACUGACUUGAAGGUUCUUGCCUCCGAGACGAAGAAAAAGUAUCCACAAAUCAAGGAAUCUUGCGAGGAGGGGAUUGCAAAAAUAAGGACAGCAUCGAACACUUCAGGCGCUCCAGUUUAUUAUAUUGUCAAUCAAAUUUUAUACCCUUUGGUUCAAGGUUGUGAGAGCAAAGAUGUAAAAAUUAUUAAGUUUUGUUUAACUAUGAUGCAAAAAUUAAUUACGCAGCAAGCUGUUGAUCAAAAAGGUGCGCGUUACAUCACGGAUACAUUAUGGAUGUUAAUGGAGUCUGGAACAGAAGAAGUUAAAGUUUUACAAACUGUAACUCUUUUACUAACUAGCAACACUGUUGUUCAUGGAGAAACACUUGCAAGAAAUUUAGUUCUUUGUUUUCGCUUACAUUUUACAAAAGAUUCUACAACGAUUAACACAGCAGGAGCCACGGUGAGACAAUUAGUGUCACUAGUAUUUGAGCGUGUUGUUGCAGAGGAUGAACAAAGUCCUGAUAAUGAAGAUUCAGAUGACAUAAAUUUGGAAGAAUUGAAAAUUCCUACUAAUCAAGCACCUAAAAGUUUAGGACCAUGUGCUGCUGAUGCAUAUUUAAUGUUUCAAGAUUUAGUACAAUUAGUAAAUGCAGAUCAACCUUAUUGGUUAAUUGGAAUUACGGAAAUGACUCGAACAUUUGGAUUGGAAUUGCUAGAAUCUGUUCUAACAAAUUUCUCAUCAGUAUUUUUCAAGCAUCCAGAAUUUAGCUUUCUGUUAAAGGAAAGAGUGUGUGCACUUGUAAUAAAAUUAUUUUCUCCUAAUAUUAAAUAUCGCAACUCAGUACCGGCGUCAUUACAACAAGCUACACCUUUAGAUAAACCUUAUUUUCCUAUUAGCAUGCGGCUUCUUCGUGUUGUUUCUAUUUUAAUACAAAAAUAUCAUUCUCUUCUGGUGACAGAAUGUGAGAUAUUUUUAUCUUUAAUUGUUAAAUUUUUGGAUCCUGAUAAACCAACAUGGCAAAGAGCCUUGGCUUUGGAGGUUUUACAUAAAAUGACAGUACAGUCUGAUCUUCUUACAAAUUUCUGUGAAUGUUAUGACUUAAAACCUCAUGCAACCAAUAUUUUUCAAGAUAUUGUCAAUAGUUUAGGUGCUUAUGUACAUAGCCUUUUUGUUAAUCCUCAAAUGAUGAAUCAAACCAAUAUGACGACUAGUACAACGAUUCCACAAAAUACGGCUUCUCCAUUAUUUACGGGAAUGCCUAUAGGACCUGGUGUUUCACCUCAACCUGGUUUUUAUUCACGCGGCAUUUGGUUGCCGGUAGUUGCGACAUUCACAAGUGGUCAAGCCAAUCUGGACAUGCUUGAUAAGGUUGAGCCACCACAGAUUCCUAUCGGCUAUGGAAUAAGCAUAGCAUAUGCAUGUUUAUUAGACAUUAUACGGUCCAUAGCUCUCGCAAUCAGUGGUUCUAGUGAAGUUGUAACUGGAAAUCAAUCCUACAAGCCUAGCGAAUUCGAACGAAAACUUCAUACGCAACUCAUUAAUUCUAGUUGGUGUGGUUUGCUAGCAGCAUUAAGUCCUCUUAUAGAUGCAAGUACUGACGAAUCUGCGACGGAAAACGUAUUAAAAGCAAUCCAAACUUUUGCAUCACUGUGUGGACAAUUAGAAUUGCAGACUCCUCGCGAUGCAUUCAUUACUGCGAUAUGUAAAGCGUCAUUGCCUCCUCAUUAUGCAUUGACUGUGUUAUACAAUGCUCCUCAGGGUAUACCGACUGCAAGACAACAAGAAUCUACUCAGUACAAUGUGACUAUUGGUGAACCAGAUUAUAGACAACAAGUUGUAGCUGUUGGUACUCCCCUACCCACUGCAUCUCUGCCAGUUGGUGCACAUCAAGGUCCAGUUAUGUUGACGGCAAAAAAUUUACAAUGUAUGCGUGCAUUAUUAUCACUUGCACAUUGCCAUGGAAGCAUACUUGGUGGUGCAUGGCAUUUGGUACUUACGACAUUGCAACAUCUUGUUUGGAUACUUGGUUUGAAGCCUUCUACUGGAGGAUCUUUGAAAGCAGGAAGAACCGCCGCUGAUCCAAAUGCAGUACUUACAAAUGCAGUUAUGGCAGAUUUGCCUGUACUUAGUGCUAUGCUCAGCAGACUAUUUGAAAGUAGUCAACAUCUGGACGAUGUAGCUUUACAUCAUUUAAUAGAUGCACUUUGCAAAUUAAGCCACGAGGCUAUGGAAUUAGCUUAUUCUAAUAGAGAGCCCUCCCUAUUUGCUGUGGCUAAACUUUUGGAAACUGGUUUGGUGAACUUACCACGUGUUGAGGUUUUAUGGAGGCCAUUAACGAAUCAUUUGUUAGAAGUAUGCCAACAUCCACAUAUUCGUAUGAGAGAAUGGGGAGUUGAAGCUAUUACGUAUCUUGUAAAAAUGGCACUUCAGCACAAAUAUCCACAACCUUUGCGUGAUAAUCAAAAAUUGCAGACUUUACUUUUAGGACCAUUAUCAGAAUUGUCAUCGGUUCGUCAUGGAGAUGUAAGACAACGACAAUUAGAAUGUGUUUUACAAGUUUUACAUGGAGCAGGAGAAACACUAUAUCAUGGCUGGCCUUUGGUACUUGGUAUCAUUGGAGCAGUAUCUGAUCAUCACGGAGAAGCUUUAGUUCGAAUAGCUUUUCAGUGUUUACAAUUGGUAGUAACCGAUUUUCUACCAGUGAUGCCUUGGCGUUGUCUUCCACUUUGUGUUGACACUGCUGCAAAAUUUGGUUCUCAAACGCAAGAAUUGAAUAUUUCAUUAACUGCUGUCGGAUUAAUGUGGAACAUAAGCGAUUACUUUUAUCAAAAUCAAGAGAAACUAUGCAUAUCUCUGAAAGGAGAUUCGUCAUCUGUAUUUCCUGAUUUUCCUGGUACAACAAAUAUGCCACCAUUUGACAAACUUUGGAUGUGCCUAUACGCAAGAUUAGGCGACUUAUGCGUGGAUCCUCGACCCGCUGUACGCAAAUCAGCUAGUCAAACUCUGUUUUCUACAAUAUCUGCACAUGGUAGUUUGCUACACCAGCCAACAUGGCAAGCUGUACUUUGGCAGGUUCUCUUUCCAUUGUUAGAUAGAGUAAGAAGUUUAUCUAAUUCUGCCAGUAGUGAAAAAGUAGAUACUAGUGGAAACAUACUUAUCCAUCACAGUAGAAAUACAGCACAAAAACAGUGGGCAGAAACGCAGGUAUUGACGUUAAGCGGUGUUGGAAGAGUAUUUAACACCAAGAGACAAUUAUUGCAAAUGUUGGGCGAUUUUCCUAGAGCCUGGUCUCUUUUAUUAGAAUUUAUAGAAAAUUCUGCGCUUAGCAAAAAUAAUGAGGUAUCAUUGGCAGCUUUAAAAUCAUUUCAAGAGAUUUUAUAUCUCCAAAAAGGAAGUGACAAUAACGAAGUGAUUCAGUCAAAUGAUUCUGAAGCAUUGUGGAUCGUUGCAUGGCGUGUUUGGCUUAAUAUUGGAAUGGAAAGUACAACACCACCUCAAGAAGGAGAAGCAGAACCUUAUGUACCAUCACAAGCAUUUUUAACAGCAUUAGUUCAUAUAUUCCCAGCUGUUUUUCAACACAUCAGAAACAAAUUCACUGGUCCCGAUUUGCAAAAGCUCUGCAUCGUAUUAAAAAAUGCAGUUGCAGUUCCAGUACAUGGCGAAUCAACGCCAUAUAUUUUACCCACAAUGCCAGAUGUAGUCCUUACUCAUUUACAAGAUGGUGUACUGCAUUCAAUGGAACUUCUACAAAAAGAAGCGCUAAAUGGACCCGAUAAUUUGCGAACAAUGAUUGUUUUAAUAUUCCUUCAGCUUUUGAGUUUUUCAAAGCUAGCUUGUGAAGCUCCUACUUAUGGUAAAAUUCCAACCAAACACAUCUCUCAAAUCAGAGGUGUAUCUGCUGAUUGGGUAACUAUGAAUUAUGUUCCUUUUGGAGAAAAAGCCUUAUCGAUGGUUGUAACAUUAUAUCAAAAGACAGCACAUGAAAUGGCAGUUAUAGAUGGACAAGUUCUAAAACAUAUUAUCGAAGCGUUGCACGUGCCUUUGUCAAUGAAAUAUGCUUGCCCGUCACCAACAACUUGGAAAUUAGCUGUUACUAGUUUGCUUGCUGUUUUACAUACUGGCUUACCUUUAGCGAGGAAGUAUCCAGAACAAUUUCAAAAUAUGUGGCCGGAACUAGCGAGUACCUUAGAUGAUUUUCUAUUUCCGAAAAGCAUAGUAAAUGUAGAACGAGGUGUCGAGGAAAUUCAAGCGGACGAAGCUGUAGAUUGUCAAGUCAUGGAACUUUUACGAGAUGAAGUUUUGCCACAUUCUCAACACAUACCUCAUCAAUUUAUUUUACGAGUAGUUAUGUUAUUAAACAAAGGCUCUAUACACUCAGCGACUACGACAAAUAUUGAAAAUAGUGGUGAAACUAAGUUAAGAGAAGAAUUUGCAAAAACAUGCUUUGAAACGUUACUUCAGUUUUCUUUAUUGGAUGGACUAAACAAUGAGUCGGAUCACGAUACAACUAAAAGUCCUGAAAAUGACGAGGGAGGUGUUGCUGGGCGGUUAGCAGUCACUGCACUCCUUCAUAGGUUUCAAGAAGUUUUGCGACGAUACAUUGAAAAUGAAAGGCGAAGUGGAAAAUGUCCAUUACCUAGUCGAAAGAUCAGUUUGGGAACAAUUGAUUGGACUGUAUCCUUGUCUAGUUGAAUGCACAAUAGCUACGGCUUCAGGCCAGGUAUCAAGAUCUUUACGAGAAGCUUUACUCCAAUAUCAUGAUUUAUUGAGACCACCACUUCAUAGUACCACAACAUCUAAUGGUGCUGUUUAGAUAUUUCUCUGAAAUGUGGUUACGAAGUGAACAUGUCAGUAGAAGACUACGUGGUCGUUUAAAUGUAAGUUGCGUAUCUGGAACCAAAAUAUCCCACCAUCGGGUACAGGCCAGCAACUUACGGAAACUUCCAUCUGUACAUAAUAAUAACUAUCGCAUUAAUACAUCAAACAAAUGUGGUAGGUUGACUCGAUGGAGACAUAGGUGUCAUUUAUUAAAAGAGGCUUGUAAAGAAAAUGUUUUACGUUUUGCGAAAUCUGCGCCUAAUAAACGAGAGAGAGGACCUCGUAGGAGAAAAUGCAUAAAACGAUCAAUGGUUACUUCAACUCCGUUACACCGAUCUUCUGCAAAAGAUGUAGUCAUUCCAGCAAAGUGUACAACAGUAUCAAAAGUUUCUGAAGACUCUAAGGAAAACUGGAAUACGACUAGUUUAUCUUUAUAUUCAUCUAUAUUAAAUAUAGACUCAUGUUGCUCCUCCAUAACCAGUGUAAAUGACAUCAAAUCUUCAGUUUCAAGCGUAUCAUCUCUGUCAAAUCUAAUGCCUCCUGCAUCCGUAGGAUCAAAUUCAGACCUUUCAUAUGUAUUGGAUGAUGGAAGCAAAAGUAUUGAUACUAGUUCACUAUAUUAUUCUGCACAUUGUACACAAACAGAUGGACUUGCAGAAUAUUAUAGCUUAAUGCAUUCUACAUCCAUAUAUGGAACUCGUUCUCACUCAUCAGAAAAGUAUUUUCCAAAUGGAAAAUACGCACUUGGCAACAAUAAUGUAAACAAUAGUAAUUUAUCAAAAAAUCAAUAUUCUAUUAAUAGCCAUUUAUCAAAAUAUGAAUCAAACUUCACUACUACAAAGUAUGGUACAGCAGCCAUGUACAGUCUAAGCCAUCAUCAUUCAUCAGACACAAAUGGAAAUGUUACUGAAAAAUACGAUUCCGAUGAUAUUGAGAACGAUUACCAUGACGUUGAAUAUAUGGAAGUUGGAAGUGAAGAAAUAGUAGAAAGUUGUGAUAUGGAAAAUAUGGUUACUCAUGUUCAAGAAGAUUGGGAACCAUUUGAUCCUUAUGUCUUCAUCAAACAUUUACCACCUUUGACUCCAGCAAUGAGAGCCAGAUGUCCUGCUCUUCCUCUUAAAACACGUAGCAGUCCAGAAUUUAGUCUCGUGUUAGAUUUGGAUGAAACAUUAGUACACUGUAGUUUGCAAGAACUUUCGGAUGCAGCAUUCCGUUUCCCAGUUGUCUUUCAAGAUGUAACGUACACGGUGUUUGUCAGAACACGACCUUAUUUUCGCGAAUUUUUAGAACAUGUCUCAUCAUUGUACGAAGUGAUCCUUUUUACUGCGAGUAAACGAGUUUAUGCGAACAAAUUAAUGAAUCUAUUAGAUCCAACACGAAAAUUGAUUAAGUAUCGUCUGUUCAGAGAACACUGUGUUUGCGUAAAUGGAAAUUAUAUCAAGGAUCUAUCUAUACUUGGUAGAGAUUUAUCUAAAACUGUUAUUAUUGAUAAUAGUCCACAAGCAUUUGGAUACCAGGGUGGAGAUGUUAGACCGCGUAUUAGAGAACAAUUCCGACUCUUCAGUUUUUUACCACCAGAUUAAUUUAGUUCACAAAGUAAAACAAAAUCAACAUUUCAAAAAUUGCUAGCCUAUAUAGGUACGUACGUGUAUAAUGUAUCUUACAGAUAUAUUCGACGGAUAAAUGUAAGAUAUCAUUCAAUGCGUGCAAUAGUAUACGCCAAAAGAAAAUUCUAUAAUUUGCAAUAAUGAUCGAUAAAAAAUUGUUAAAUUAUUAAAAAUACAUUUCGAUAAAAGCUGAAAUAAUUAUCGUACUAUGAUUUUUAUAGAAUUUCGAUAUACUUAUUUAUAAUGAAUUUAAAUUAAUUGUUACGAAUAUUAAUAUAAAAAAUAUAUUUGAAAAAUUAGUUAAGAAAUAUCACAACAUGGUAGUUACUAGAAUCUAUAUUUAUCGAAUUUUUGGGCAGGUACCAAUCAAUAAAUAAUAAAGCUCUCUCUUAUAAAUCACAUAGAGAUCAAUCAAGAUAUAACUGCUAGAGCUCGUGUAUUGCGAGAAAAUUCCAUAAAUAAGAUUUUAGUCUAAAUUAUUUAAAAACAAAUUAUUAAAUUGCUCUAGCAGAUACAUUAUAGCAAAUUAUAGAUAUCUCUCAAUUUAAAUAUAUUUUAUGUUUUUAAUUAUACAAAAAAUGAAUAAAAAGGAAUUAAAAUAUAUAUAAAUAUAGAUACAUUAUAUUAAGUUGAGAGAUGUCAAAAGAAUCAAAUUGUAUAUGUAAAUAUCUAAAUUUUUUUAUUUAAAAAAUUACAAUCAAUCAUAUUUAAUUUUUUGUUUUUUCUUGAAAAUCAUAUAGUUUCAUUACGAAAUCAAUCACAUUAUUCAUUAUAUACAAAGUAUUUAAUAUAUAACAAUUAUAAAAUAAGGUAAGCAAAUACCUAAUAUCAUCUCUGAGAUGAAAUUAUUGCAAUAGCUAAUUCAAUUAUUUGUUGCAAAAAAUAGUAAGUUGAUUGAAUAGAAACGAAAUAUAUUAAUAGAAUAAACAUAAAUGACAUAAAAUACAAACUUCCACUUUUAAACAACUUCCGUUUUCACUAGUUUAUACUUCUGUGCAUAACUCAUAUGUAGCAAAAAUCGUACAUAUUAAAAUUAAAAAAAGAAAAAAUAAAAACAUUAAGCUUAUGCUUUCAGUACAAAAAUAAUUUUUACAUUAAUUACAAUCAUAAUUAACUUCUUUAGACUUAUUAUUUUUUGGUAAAUAUUUUCGCACAAGUAAUUCAGUUUUCAAUUAUAUAAAAAGAUAGUCUAUAAAUAUUAAGAUAAAUUUAAGACAAAUAAUUAUUAUAUAUAAUUGUAUUUAUAUUUGCAAAUAAUUAUUGUUAAAUUGUUAAUAUUUUUUACUAUAUGAUUAUAUAUAUAUAUAUAUUUA